CUUUAUUAGAGACAUAUGGGGGCUUCUCCUUACUAUGCAGGGAUGCAUUGCACAAUGUGGCUUUUAUGUGCGAUAAAAUAAGGGCAGAAAAAUUCCUUGCGACUGAUGCGCUCGCUUGGAUGGGGGGGUAAGGAGGGCUCGGAGACAUUUCAUACACUGCUAGGGCAACUGAUCAGGCGGGAGAAAGUGCGAUGCGCUUGGGGCACCGACAUCUGGAUUCAUCAGAAAACCAACGACAGAAGCAGCGCUAAGCAGUAAGCGACAGAAGCAGCACUAAGCUUUGUAACUAGCCCUGGUGUCUCUCGUUGGGAUGUGGGUGCCAAGGCCGGACGAGGGGUGAGGAUGGCAUCGGCUGUGUUUGAGGGCACCUCCCUGGUCAAUAUGUUUGUGAAAGACUGCUGGGUAAACGGGAUCAGGAGACUUAUCAUUAACCGCAGGGGGGACGAGGAGGAGUUCUUCGAGAUCCGGACGGAAUGGUCAGACAGGAACAUAUUGUACUUGCACAGGAGCUACUCGGACCUGGGGCGGCUCUUCAGGAGGCUGCUGGACUCUUUCCCUGAGGAUCACGGGGAGUUGUCCCGUUCUUCUUUGCUGGAAGGUCUUAUUACUAUUAAAGAUGCUCAUGAAAUUGAAGCAAGACUUAAUGAAGUAGAGAAGCUUUUGAAGACAAUCAUAAACAUGCCUUGCAAGUAUUCAAGAUCAGAAGUGGUUCUCACAUUCUUUGAGAGGUCUCCGUUGGAUCAAGUAUUAAAAAAUGAUAAUGUCCACAAGAUUCAACCAAGCUUCCAGAGUCCCAUUAAAAUAUCUGAAAUCAUGCGUUCCAAUGGAUUCUGUUUAGCAAACACAGAAACCAUAGUGAUUGAUCACAGUAUUCCCCAUGUUAAAGAUCCAGAUUUGGAUGUUGAUUCCACAGAUCAUUUAUAUGGCAAUGGGACUGAAUUCCCUCCAGAUGCAGAGGACAAUGAUGAUCCAUCAGCUUACGUCACCAAUUUGUCCUACUAUCACUUGGUUCCAUUUGAAACAGACAUAUUGGACUGAUAGCUUUCAUUUGAGAAUGGCUGAUCUUGAUAAAAUCUGUUGCGUGCUGCUGUUCUUAUGGGCUUUUUAACAAAGAAAAUCCAUCGCUUGGUAGAAAUAUGCACAAAGUGUAUACACUGCAUCAAUGCAGUAGAAUAGGUUGAUUUCGUUUUUAUGCAGAAGAUUUGCUCUUUUCAGUAUCAGCUCAGCAUUGAAAACAGUGGCUGGCCUAGUAGUGCAUGAUCUCAGGCAAUUAUUACUGCAUAGCCUUAAUUGGAUUCUUGAAUACCAGUAGCACCGAGAAAACAAAAACAUUGGAAUGCUGGAAUGAGUUCAUUGUUGUAAGGAAAACAAGAAAUAACAAGGAAAGGGUAUCAUUAGGAACUGCACUUAUCAGAAAGUUCUGACAAUGUGAAAAGAGGAAUGAAUGCAGUGGGUGAAGUAAAUAUACAUUAGCAGUAGCUGGUGGAUUGUUGUUGUGGGAAUGUGUCAUUUAAAAUUGUCUCCCACAAGCAUAUUAUGAGCAGGUUUCCAUUUGUUUGAUUCCUUGGACAUCAGUAUGUUUAAAGAUAUGCCAAAUGCAAGUGACAUUUCUUGGAUACAUUGAGAGACUGUUAAAGCAUUGAAAAUUUACCUGAAGCUGUUUUGCUACUGAGCAGUGCAAUAUUAAGCAAUAUUAAAUAUACCACUCAGAUAUUUAAUAAAAGGUAAUUCUACAAUUACUUUUAUAAAGGGAUUUCUGCCAUAUGGAUAUUUUCUUGAAAUGGGCGGUCAUUUAUUUGCAUAAAAAAAAAAUCUCCUUUUCAGCCCUGUAUUCUAACAGGAACUAAAUUCUAAUGUAAAUAAUAAUAAAUUAUUGAAAAUCCUAAUUCUUUUAUACAGUGUGUUUAAAGCAUUAUUUUAUGAAAUAAAAAUUAUUACUCACAUUA